AUGGAAAGGUUACGUAAUGCAUUGAGUCUCACGGAUAGGGCGUCGACGCGAAACGACGCGCAGACACAUCGCCCUAAAUCUGCGAGUAGUAUGCUAGGGCUACCGAGUCAAGGACGGGCUCGGCUAACGACGUUAGUCCCAAAUCGUAACCUAAAAGUCCGCUUCGCUACCUUAAAUGUAGGAACAUUAACGGGGAAGACUAAGGAACUUGCCUCUCUUUUCAAGCGCAAAAGGGUAGAUUUUAUAUGUCUACAAGAGACUCGAUGGACUGGAUCCAAAGCCCGUAAUAUCGGAGAGGGCUACAAACUUAUGUACGUAGGUGCAAAGCAUGGUAGGAAUGGCGUAGCAAUUGCUGUCAAAGAAGAUCAUCUUGAAAACAUCCUGGAGGUCAACCGUAUUAACGACAGACUCAUGUCAAUAAAGGUACUGGUGGAAGGUGAGGUACUAAAUAUUGUAGCUGCAUAUGCUCCCCAAGUGGGUUGUAGCCAAGCAGAGAAAGACAAUUUUUGGACUUCUCUAGAAUACAUUCUUCAAUUAAUAUCUCCUAAAGAAACUACUUUACUGGGAGGUGAUUUAAACGGCCACAUCGAAGAAGCAAACAGCGCUUUCAAAAGGGUGCACGGAGGUUACGCAUACGGAACACUAAACGAUGCUGGUAAAGUCAUUCUCUCCACGGCAGCAGCCUUCGAUCUUGCUAUUGCCAAUUCCUUUUUCGCUAAAAAGAUCGAACAUCUGAUCACGUAUAAAAGCGGCCAAACAUCUUCACAGAUUGACUAG